AUGCACUCCCGCCCUCUACGAUACCCAAUCGCCCAGCAGAUCACGAACCACCCACUCGGCCCGCCCACUGUAAAUAAGUCACCUGAACUAGUUCGCGAGCUUCCCUCGGCGUCCCAAGCUACACCUUGGGGACAGCCGGAUUGGAGCCAAACCUCUGACAGGCAGAGGAUUCGGACAGUAGAAAAGGCGGCGGCAGCCAGAAUCUUCCUAGAGAUAUACUUUGAGGAAGCCCUGAGUAAUCGUCCGACACCUCGCGAACAACGCCUUGCCGAACACCAACGCAACAUGGACCGACACGGAAGUUACCUCAGCCCGAUCGACAGAGAAUUUUACUGGAGGCACGUCUUUGCAAUGGAGACCAAUUUCCUCCGCGAGCAAAGAAACGCCAAGACCCACAGCUGCAGAAUUGCGAUCGUGCCUCUGAUAUCCAGUUUCCAAGAUCCAGCCAAUCUCUACCUCCUAAUGGAUUACAUGCCCGGAGGUGACUUCCUUGGUCUGCUGAUUCGCGAAAACAUCUUGACCGAGUCAAGGACUCGGUUCUAUAUCGCCGAAAUGAUACUCUGCGUGGAAGAAGCCCACAGACUCGGAUGCAUUCACCGAGACGUUAAACCAGACAAUUUCCUCAUCGGUGCUGAUGGCCACUUGAAGAUUUCGGAUUUUGGACUGGCUUUUGACGACCAUUGGUCCCAUGACACCUCUUACUAUAAAUGGCAGCGACAGUCGAUCCUCACCCUGACAGAUGUUACGUUAGACGGAGAUCGCGAAGAUCAAAAAGUUGCCCGUAAUGGUGGACAGGCGACGCGACGAUCGUCUCGGGAGGGGUCAUCAAAGCACUAUCCUCCGUCAGAACUGCUCCAAACCAAGUUUAAUGGACUUGAAAGCCCGUUCAGUGUUGUCAAAACAAACGCAGACGAAAUUGUGAAAGUCGACAAGCUGCUUGGCUGGCGAACCGCAGAGACGCGCCGAUCCUUCGCCCGCUCAGUCGUUGGUACAAGCCAGUACAUGGCUCCAGAAGUAGUGAUGGGAGAGAAAUAUGAUGAGAAGGGUCGUCACUAUACCAAACAGAACAUCCUCGAAUUUCGAAAAAGAUUGGUCUUUCCUGUCGAUGGGCCUCCGGUCUCGAGACUGUGCCGGCAUUUAAUCAAAGACUUGCUUCGUGAUAAGGAGGGUCGUCUCUCGUCACCCGAGUAUCGAACCCAAGAUGCUCGACGAACUUGGGAAAAGCUUCAGGGAUACCAGAAUGGACCACGGCAAUAUGUUUUCAACAACGAUGCGUCUGAAAUCAAGGCGCACCCGUGGUUUCGAGGAGUUCCAUGGGAAGCAAUACGUUCCAGUCGACCGGAGUGGGUCCCACACAUUCAAAGCCACGCCGACUCUCACUAUUUCGAAGAAGACGAGCCGAUCAGCGACUGGUCUGAUUCAUUGGAUUACGAAAUCGGGGAAGGGUCGGAGAGCCUGAACGAACUCCAUCUCAGGUUUGUGCAGUACGAUUUUGAAAGCAACGUGAAGAGUCUAGCGACUGAGUUUAUCUCCAAACCUUACGACUCGUCAAAAUUGAAACGGUUUGAUCUCGAUAUUGAUGACCAUGCGUUUCUAGAAGACACCGAAAAGACCUUUUUGAAAUGGUACGUCAGAAGAGUCGGGCGAAAAGAAUGCAAGCGUCCGAGAGACAAAUUGCUCCGGGAUCCUUGGAUAAAGGACGAAGUCCUUCAGAUGAGAAAGCAGACGGCCUUUCUGGGAUAUUCAUGGCGACGCAGAGACCUGGUCAAUCGUCGGGCUGUGGAACCAGUCUACCCUGCAAACCCUUGA